AUGGGAUCGUUGAAAACGGAGGAAAGGGGAGAACAAGAUCUGAAGGUGUCGAAUGAGGCUAUCUUAUAUGUUAACGGAGUUCGUAGAGUGUUACCUGAUGGCUUGGCUCAUUUGACUCUUCUUGAGUAUCUCAGAGGUCUGACUGGGACUAAACUAGGCUGUGGGGAAGGUGGUUGCGGAGCUUGCACAGUUAUGGUUUCUCAUUAUGAUAGAAAAUUGAGGAAAUGCUCACACUAUGCUAUCAAUGCUUGCUUAGCUCCUCUAUAUUCUGUAGAAGGGAUGCAUGUGAUUACAGUGGAGGGAUUGGGAAGCUGCAAGCGUGGACUACACCCUGUCCAAGAAUCCCUGGCUCGCACUCAUGGUUCACAAUGUGGAUUUUGUACACCUGGUUUUGUCAUGUCCAUGUAUGCAUUAUUGAGAUCAAGUCAAACACCACCCAGUGAAGAACAAAUAGAAGAAUGCCUUGCAGGAAAUUUAUGUCGGUGUACUGGUUACAGACCCAUACUUGAUGCAUUUCGGGUCUUUGCAAAAACUAGCAAUGACCUAUACACUGGUGUUUCUUCAUUGAGCCUUGAAGAGGGCAAGUCUAUUUGCCCAUCAACAGGAAAACCCUGUUCAUGCAAUUUAAACAAUGUAAAUGAUAAAUGUGUAGGCAGUGACAAUAGAUAUGAUCCUACUUCCUAUAAUGAAAUUGAUGGGACCAAAUACACGGAAAAGGAACUUAUUUUUCCUCCUGAACUGUUGUUAAGGAUACCAACCUCAUUAAACUUGACUGGAUUUGCUGGGCUAAUGUGGUAUCGACCUUUAACGCUUCAACAUGUAUUGAAUUUGAAAGCAAAAUAUGAUAAUGCAAAGCUUAUAGUUGGUAAUACUGAGGUAGGAAUUGAGAUGAGGCUAAAGAGAAUGCCAUAUCGGGUUCUUAUUUCUGUAAUGCACGUGCCAGAACUAAAUGUUUUGAAUGCAAAGGAUGAUGGAAUAGAGAUAGGUGCUGCAGUAAGACUAUCUGAUCUUAUGAAUUUUUUGAAAAAGGUUGUAACUGAGCGAGCUGCUCAUGAAACUUUGUCUUGUAAGGCUUUUAUUGAGCAGUUGAAAUGGUUUGCUGGAACGCAGAUAAGAAAUGCUGCAUCAGUUGGUGGGAAUAUAUGUACUGCCAGUCCAAUAUCAGACUUGAAUCCUCUAUGGAUGGCAGCUAGAGCAAAAUUUCAAAUUAUUGACGUCAAAGGAAACAUCAGAACAGUCCUGGCAGAAAAUUUCUUCCUCCCAGGGUAUCGGAAAGUGAAUUUGGCGAGUGAUGAAAUAUUGUUGUCAAUAAUCCUGCCUUGGAAUAAGACUUUUGAGUUUGUCAAAGAGUUUAAACAGUCUCACAGAAGGGAUGAUGAUAUUGCAAUUGUAAAUGCAGGUAUUCGUGUUCAUCUUCAGGAACAUAGUGAAAACUGGGUGGUUGCUGGUGCAUCAAUUUUUUAUGGCGGGGUGGCUCCAUAUUCUCUUGCAGCAGCUAAAACUAAGGAAUUUCUAAUAGGAAAGAUUUGGGAUAAAGAUCUGUUGCAAAAUGCAUUGAAAAUCCUACAAACGGAUAUAUUACUCAAGGACAAUGCUCCUGGCGGAAUGAUAGAGUUCCGGAAAUCUUUGACUCUAAGUUUCUUUUUUAAAUUUUUUCUGUGGGUGUCUCAUCAAAUGAAUAGCAUUAAAGAGGUUAUACCAUCAUCCCAUCUAUCUGCUGUGCACUCAGUCCACCGCCCAUCAAUUACAGGAUCGCAGGACUAUGAAAUCUUGAAACGUGGGACUUCAGUGGGAUCUCCAGAGGUUCAUCUAUCUGCAAGACUUCAGGUUACAGGAGAAGCAGAAUACGCUGAUGACACACCGAUGCCUCCAAAUGGUUUGCAUGCUGUCUUAGUCUUGAGUAGAAAACCUCAUGCCCGAAUAAUUAGUAUUGAUGAUUCAGAGACACUAUCUUCACCUGGAUUUGUUAGAUUAUUUCUUGCCAAAGACGUACCAGGUGAUAAUAAAAUUGGAGCAGUUGUUGCUGAUGAGGAGCUUUUUGCUGUAGAUCGUGUCACUUGUGUGGGCCAGGUUAUAGGCAUAGUUGUCGCCGAUACUCAUGAAAAUGCAAAGAUUGCAGCAAGAAAAGUUGAUGUGAAGUAUGAGGAGCUUCCAGCCAUCCUUUCUAUACAGGAUGCUGUCAAUGCUAAAAGUUUUCAUCCCAACACAGAAAAGUGUUUGAGUAAAGGUGAUGUUGAUCACUGUUUUCAAUCAGGUCUAUGUGAUCGAAUAAUUGAAGGGGAAGUUCAGAUGGGAGGUCAGGAACACUUUUAUCUGGAGCCACAGAGCAGUUUGGUAUGGACUGUGGAUGGUGGAAAUGAAGUUCAUAUGAUAUCAUCUACUCAAUAUAACUCAAAAUGGGAUAGAGAAAAAUGGAAUAUUGAAGCAAAAAAGACCAUAUUAAGAGAUGGUGCUCAUAAGGACAUCUUUGAAACUUUAUUUUAUGAUGGUAUUGGAACUGAGAAGGAUAGACAACUAGAUAAAGCGGAUUAUCAACAUUCUCAGAUGGUUCUUUUCUAUCUAUGGAAGGAAGUUAUGCGUUGUGAUAGUGUUGAGCAGUGCUUGCUGGCCCCUCAGAAGCACCAGAAAUAUGUUUCUCAUGUUCUUGGCCUUCCAAUGUCGAAGGUAGUUUGCAAAACAAAGCGAAUUGGUGGUGGAUUUGGGGGUAAGGAGACAAGAUCAGCCUUUAUUGCUGCUGCAGCUUCAGUUCCAUCCUAUCUACUAAAUCGGCCAGUGAAAAUCACUCUGGACCGAGAUGUAGACAUGAUGAUAACUGGGCAACGCCAUAGUUUCCUAGGGAAAUACAAGGUUGGAUUUACAAAUGAAGGGAAGGUGCUUGCAGUGGAUCUUGAAAUUUAUAACAAUGGUGGAAACUCACUGGAUCUGUCACUUGCCAUCCUUGAACGUGCUAUGUUUCAUUCAGACAAUGUGUAUGAAAUACCAAAUAUGAGGAUAAUGGGAAGAGUUUGCUUCACUAAUUUCCCUAGCCACACUGCUUUCCGUGGAUUUGGUGGACCUCAAGGCAUGCUUAUUACUGAAAACUGGAUUCAAAGGAUUGCUGUGGAACUCAGGAUGAGCCCAGAAAAGAUACGUGAAAUUAACUUUCAAGGAGAAGGAUCCAUUCUGCAUUAUGGUCAGAAAGUUCAGUACAGCACACUAGCCCCACUGUGGACUGAACUUAAGUCAUCUUGUGACUUUGUGAAGGCACGUGAAGAAGUUGACCAAUUCAAUAGGCAUAAUCGCUGGAGGAAGCGAGGCAUUGCUAUGGUUCCUAAUAAAUUUGGCAUAUCCUUUACAACAAAGCUUAUGAACCAGGCAGGUGCUCUGGUUCAAGUUUAUACGGAUGGAACUGUUUUAGUUACACAUGGGGGUGUAGAAAUGGGGCAAGGUUUGCAUACAAAAGUUGCCCAAAUUGCUGCUUCGGCUUUCAAUAUCCCUCUUAGUUCUGUUUUUAUAUCGGAUACUAGUACUGACAAGGUCCCUAAUGCUUCUCCAACAGCAGCUUCUGCAAGUUCUGAUAUGUAUGGAGCAGCCGUUUUAGAUGCAUGUGAGCAGAUAGUGGCACGCAUGGAACCUAUUGCUUCAAAGAGUAAAUUCGACUCAUUUACUGAGCUAGUUAGGGCUUGCUAUGCAGAGCGAAUAGACCUUUCUGCCCAUGGAUUUUAUAUUACACCUGAUAUUGGUUUUGAUUGGGUGACGGCUAAAGGAAAACCUUUUAGAUAUUUCACUUACGGGGCUGCAUUUGCCGAGGUUGAAAUUGACACCCUGACCGGAGAUUUUCACACCAGAACGGCAAACGUAUUUCUGGAUCUAGGUUAUUCUCUGAAUCCAGCAAUAGAUGUUGGACAGAUCGAGGGAGCUUUUGUUCAAGGUUUGGGUUGGUUAGCUUUAGAAGAACUAAAAUGGGGAGAUGCAGCACAUAAAUGGAUCCCGUCUGGAUGCCUUUACACAACUGGACCUGGAACUUAUAAAAUUCCUUCUGUAAAUGAUGUUCCCUUCAAAUUUAACGUCUCACUCCUGAAGGGUCAUCCAAAUGUUAAGGCCAUCCAUUCUUCCAAAGCUGUUGGUGAGCCUCCAUUUUUCCUAGCAUCUUCCGUGUUAUUUGCCAUCAAGGAUGCCAUCAUAGCUGCAAGAGCUGAAGUCGGGUGUAGUGACUGGUUUCCUCUUGACAGUCCAGCAACUCCUGAGAGAAUUCGGAUGGCUUGUUUAGAUGAAUUAACAACAUCGCUUGUUAACUCAGAUUUCCGCCCCAAACUUAGUGUGUGA